GACAGUGUCCGGCGGACUUCCAAUGUCUGGUAAUUUUGUAGAUCGAAAGUAUCCAAUCAAAUGCUUGGACAUUGGACAAUGUCCGCCAGAUAGAUGUCCGCGUCCACCACAUUUUACACGGACAGUAUCCGAUGACAAUUCAUAUGAG